UUUCCGUAUAAAUUAAUCAUCCUCGAACGUCCAGUGUGCUUUUCCUGGCAGGAAAGCGUGAAUUGUCCGCGAUCUUUUCGCUCCUCGAAGAUAAGCUGUCGCUGAGAAUGUGGACUGGCCCUGAGCAACCAAAGUGGCGUUUUUUCAUUAUCAGCUGAUGGCAAGCGUUGAAGGUGCGAAGUAAAAAAAACCAAGGUGUGAAGUAAAAAAUCAAUUUCUCAAGAAAUUAUCAAUAAAAAGUGUUAGUGAAAACAAACGGAAUUCCUAGAGUUCCGUUGAUGGUUUCUUCGCGAUUGGGAUUGCGUGACCUUGAGUGUGGUAUAAUUAAAUUUGAUUGGAUUUGGAGUUUUGGAUUGGAUAGAAAGUCUACUAAUUUAAAAGUACUAUGGUUUAAUAAGUGGACAGUUUUUGAGUUUGCUUGAGAAAUCAGUGAAAUCUGUGAUAAGUUUUGCGGCAAUCCAUAAAUGAAUGAAGAGACGCCGACCGAGCAAACACCUUUGAAAAGAUCUACGUUUCCCGAGGAAACAAGAAUUUCCUUCCAAAACAGUACAUUUUUUCCAUCGACCGGAGGGCAUCCACGACUUAUUAGAUUCCACAACUCAACAACAAUGGAUAACACUAAAACAGUGCUUCUCAAAGUUGGUUUUGAUUUUUUCAUCUUAUGUUGUGUUGGAUUCCCGAUUCUUAUCUUUUUCGUCGUUGGUGAUCCAUUCAAGCGAGGAUUCUUCUGUGAUGAUGAAUCAUUGAAGCAUCCAUUUCAUGAUUCUACUAUAACAAACUGGAUGCUGUAUAUCAUCGGCCUUGCGCUUCCAGUGAUAGUGAUUCUCAUCACAGAAUUGCUCCGUAAUAGAGCGAAACACUCGGAAACACAACCAUUAAAAGUUUUCAACACCGACAUUCCGUUCUGGGUAGUGCAGGCUUACAAAUCAAUAGGAAUGUUUGGCUUUGGAGCUGCUGUAAGUCAACUUCUUACUGAUGUUGGCAAAUACACCAUCGGACGAUUACGGCCCCAUUUCUUCGAUGUCUGCCGACCAAUGAUGCCCGAUAAAACUACUUGUACUGAUGCUAUCAAUCAAGGACGAUACAUAACUGACUUUGUGUGUACAAGCGAAAAAUCUUCCACUCGCAUGCUGAAGGAAAUGCGACUGUCAUUCCCAAGUGGACAUUCCAGUUUCUCGAUGUAUACCCUCGUGUUUUGCGCGAUUUUCCUGCAAUCACGAAUGAAUUGGCGAGGAUCGAAACUAUUGAAACAUUUCUUCCAGUUUUUGUUGAUUUUGUUAGCCUGGUACACAUGUCUUAGUCGUAUUUCAGACUACAAACAUCACUGGUCUGAUGUACUAGCUGGAGGUGUAUUGGGUGCAACGGUAGCGAUUGUAGUUUCGAACUUCUGCACGGACCUGUUUGCUGUAACUCGGAAACGCAGCAUUAUGUCCCUUCCACAAACACGUUACGAGCUAAGCGCAAAUCAUGCUGCUCCCGUAAAUGGUAGUCAGUAAACAGAUUACGGAACCGAAACCUUAAGCUACCCUUAAACCGAAAUUCAUAUCCUCAAAAAAUGCAACAUGUUACAUGUUUACAACAUGUAUCCUGUGAAUCACAAACGGGCUCUAACAAAUAUCUAAUGGUAUGUAGUAAAAGUUAUUAAGUAGAAGAAUUAAGAAAUACAUGUAGGUACGAGAUAAUUUAUUUUAUUAAAUACUAAGCAUUGGCAAUAGUGUAGACGAAGUGAUUAGUUAAAUUUAAAACGAGUUUAAAAAAGACAAGUUUAUCUCUAUACGUGUUUGUUAUUAAAUGAGCUGAUCAUCUGAAGUUCCAAUGUCUAUUUGAAUCAUGUUGAAGCUGUUUUGAUUUUUUUAACAAACUACUCUAUCGUAUCUUUUCUACGUUGCCCUCUUCUGUAAGAAAAUGCUAUAACAGGUAUACUAUAAGAUAAUUUUUUCCAUAAAUAAUAAGUUAUUUUAUAUAAGAAACUAUACACAACAAUCAUUGCAAUGACUUCAUAAUGCCGAAAGCAUUUCAGCGAUCUUCUUAUAAUACCACAAUUUUCCAGUAGCAGAUAUCAUAUUUAUUUGCCUUAGUCUGUCUUUAGUAAUUGCUAACCGCAAAAUUAAAAAAAAAACUACAAAUUGACAGUAUCAUAAAGAAUUAAAGCAAUGGAUUCAGGAGUGCCAAAUUUUAGCAAUAAAACCAAAAUGUAAUGGAAAAAAUAAUAGCGAAAAAUUGCGUAGUUUUUCAAAUGAGAUGACUGCAGACAAUUUCGUGUACUCAACAGACAUUUCGAAAGUUUGUGAUCCAGCACCUACGCCAUAAUGCAGUUCGUGAGGCCAAUGGAUAACUUAAAGAAGAUAUGUUAGAAUGAGGAAUGAUUAAGUUUUAAGACCUCAACCAACCUUAACAAGGGAUUGGAUACGUUUUCGAAUUGUUGCUACCAUGUUUUUGGGUAAAUCGCGCGGCAUACGUUUUUCAGCGCUUCAUAGAAAUUAUUCAUUAUUUAAUUCAAUAUUUGUACCCUAAUAGCUCCAAUGUUCAGUGAGGCUCUGGACAGAAUCGUAAUCACUUUAAUUCGACUUGAACAAUAUAAUACAUGCGUUUUCUUCGCCCCAUGUUUUGGAUCAUCGUUUUUUUUAUCUU